AUAAACUACUAGUUUUUACUGUAGCGACUAAAGAAACCGAUGGGUUUCACCGUUUCAUGCGAACUGCAAAGCACUUCAACUACACAGUGAAGGUUCUUGGAAAAGGUGAAGAGUGGAAAGGUGGUGAGCUGCCUAACUCUAUUGGUGGAGGGCAGAAGGUUCGACUGUUGAAAGAAGGCAUAGAAAGCUAUGCCAAUCAAGAGGACUUAGUUGUAUUGUUUGUGGAAUGCUAUGAUGUUAUAUUUUCGGGAGGCCCUGAAGAACUGCUGAAGAAAUUUCAGGAAACUAAUCAUAAAGUGGUGUUUGCAGCAGAUGGACUAAUUUGGCCAGAUAAAAGGCUAGCUGAUAAGUAUCCUGUUGUCCGAAGUGGAAAACGAUUCCUGAACUCAGGAGGAUUUAUUGGUUAUGCUCCACAUAUAAAUCGUAUUGUGCAGCAGUGGAAUCUGCAGGAUAAUGAUGAUGACCAGCUGUUUUACACCAAAAUCUAUAUUGACCCAUUGGCAAGGGAGCGUAUUAAUAUUACUUUGGACCACAAAUGUACAAUUUUCCAGACCUUAAAUGGAGCUGUGGAUGAAGUCCUUUUGAAAUUUGAAGAGGGAAAAGUAAGGGCAAGGAAUUCAGUGUACGACACGCUACCAGUCACCAUUCAUGGAAAUGGUCCAACUAAAAUUCACUUGAAUUAUUUGGGAAACUAUAUUCCUAAUGCUUGGACACGGGAAACUGGUUGCAGUGUUUGUGAUUUAGAUUUACUGGACCUGUCAACAGUAAUGGAAUAUCCAAGAGUAAAAAUUGGUGUUUUCAUUGAACAACCCACUCCUUUCCUAACUAAAUUUUUAGACAGACUGUUGACUCUGGACUACCCACGGGAGGCACUCAGUAUCUUCGUUCAUAACAAUGAGGUUUACCAUGAAAAGCACAUCAAGAAAUUCUGGGAAAAAGCCAAGAACAUUAUCAGAAAUAUAAAAAUUGUUGGACCUGAAGAAAAUCUGAGUCAAGCAGAGGCCCGGAACAUGGGAAUGGACCUUUGUCGCCAGGAUAAAGCAUGUGAAUAUUACUUAAGCAUAGAUGCAGAUGUUGUGCUGACAAACCCAAAAACUUUAAGAAUACUGAUAGAACAGAACAGAAAGAUAAUUGCUCCACUUGUAACUCGGCAUGGGAAGCUUUGGUCCAAUUUCUGGGGUGCUUUGAGCCCAGAUGGCUAUUAUGCUCGAUCAGAAGAUUAUGUUGAUAUUGUCCAAGGGAACAGAGUAGGAGUAUGGAAUAUCCCUUAUAUGGCUAAUAUAUACUUAAUUAAGGGGCAAACUCUCAGAUCAGAGAUGAAAGAAAAGAACUAUUUCAUGCGUGAUAAGUUGGAUCCUGAUAUGGCACUCUGCAGGAACCAGAAGGAUCAUGGUGUUUUCAUGUACAUUACCAACAGACAUGAAUUUGGAAGACUUCUUUCUACAGCCAAUUACAAUACCUCACACUACAACAAUGACCUCUGGCAGAUAUUUGAAAAUCCUGUGGAUUGGAAGGAAACUUACAUAAAUCCAAACUACUCAAAGAUCUUCACUGAUAAUAUAGUAGAACAGCCAUGUCCAGAUGUGUUUUGGUUUCCCAUAUUUUCUGACACUGCCUGUGAUGAAUUGGUAGAAGAAAUGGAACAUUUUGGACAAUGGUCUGGUGGAAAACACCAAGACAGCCGUAUUUCUGGAGGUUAUGAGAAUGUCCCAACUGAUGAUAUUCACAUGAAGCAAAUCGGGCUGGAUAAUGAAUGGCUUCAUUUCAUAAGAGAAUUCAUUGCACCAGUAACACUAAAAGUGUUUGCUGGCUAUUAUACCAAGGGGUAUGCUUUAUUGAAUUUUGUUGUAAAAUACAGCCCUGACAGACAACGGUCACUCAGGCCUCAUCAUGACUCCUCUACAUUUACAAUCAACAUCGCUCUCAACAAAGUAGGAGAGGACUUUCAAGGAGGUGGAUGUAAAUUCCUGAGAUACAAUUGCUCCAUUGAGUCUCCCAGGAAAGGAUGGAGUUUCAUGCACCCAGGAAGACUUACACAUUUACAUGAAGGACUUCCUAUCUUGAAUGGCACAAGAUACAUUGCAGUAUCAUUUAUUGAUCCUUAAUUUUUUUUCCCCCCUCUUCAACAGCAGUGUUCUUUACAUAAAUGUCUGUUUAUUUAUAGAUUUCUUCUGGAAGAUGGUGAUAAAAGGAACUUUUAAGUUACUGUUUCUAUACAGCAAAGGUACUUUGGGUUUAAAGAAUGAAAACCAGAAAAUAUUCUAAUAUUUUUGAAGAUGUCUCGAUAUCUGCUCUGAGCCUUGAGUCACAAAGUAAACAUGUCCUGCUUGUUUUUCCAUUCUGCUGCCCUAAAGAGUAGGUAAAGAGAAAAUGGAAAAGCAUAGUGAAUCCAUUUCUUUGUUGGAAAAAAAGCUGAACUGAACAACACUAGGUGCAAAAUAAUUGAACAAAUUGAUUGUGGUUUUGUUCAGUAAAGUGACACAGCUGAAGUUUGUGUGGUCUGUAUAUUUGGUAUCAACCAAGGAAAAAUCACAGCAUAAAAGCAAAAUCAAGUGAAUAUUGUUUACAGUUGUUACAGAUAAGCAAUAAUUCCGUGUUGGUGUAUGAUGAAGGGAAAACAUCUCAGUAGUAUGUUUCCUUAAUUUUUCAAGACUGAAAUGUACACCUUUAGAAGAAAAAAUGAAUUAAUUGUGGUGAUGGAACAAGGAUUAGAUCAUUUAUCUAAGGAAAAAAAUUUUUAUCAUUUGUUUUGAGAACUCAUCCUUUUGAAAAAUUGACUUUUCAGCAAGUGACCUUCAUUUAAAGUGAGUUAUUUUUCUAAAUGUGUAGUUGCACCCAACUGAUACUGGAAAUUGAUGUUUAUUUUCAGAACGCUGGUAAAUUUUAAUAAUAGGAUGUUUUAUAAAGACAAUUUUCUACUCUUAAAAUUACUUGAAUUUUGUAUCAGGAAAAUGAAAUGGUGACAGUCUCUUUUAAAGCUAAGGGUCUUAACUUGACAUUUAUUUUCAAGAAAUUGGUUUGAAAUAUUCCUACUGUAUCUACUGUUUGUAAUUUAAAGAAACUUGAAGCUAACUGUCUCAAAGUCUACCAUGCCAAAAUGCACAACAUGUUGGAAAAACUUGUGAAAAAUAAAGGGUAAUUUUAAAUUAA